AUGAGUCAGACCGCACCUCCAGAUCCGGGUGAAGGUCCGGGUGUGAGCGGCCUGACCCUGGUGGUCCUCCUGCUCGUGCCCUGCGUGGUCCUGCUGCUCCUGCUCCACUGCCUCCUUCUGCUCUGCAAGCUGCUGGUCCUGUCCAAGAGGGGCCGCAGGUCCCGGCGGGGGGGCGCGGAGGAGCUGCUCCUGCGGUCCACCCUGCACGCCGUGUCCGAUGUGAGUCUGUCCCCGCUGCUCGGCGGGGGGGCGGCCUCCUCUCUGGCGGGGCGCGUCGUGGCGCACCCGGUCACCUCGUCCAUGGCGUCGUCCCGGGAGGCGCGCGGAGCGGGCCACGCGAUGCGGCUCCUGACGCCAGACGGGCCCGCCGGAUCCCAGAGGGCCCCGAGCACCUUCAGAGCCACCGCCUCGUCCUCCUCCCGCCGGGCCACGCCGGGUCUGGACCCGCUCCCAGGAUUACGCAGAAGCGCUGCGCAUUUGGCGCAAUCUGACGACUCCGAGGCGGAAGUCAGACUGAACCUGGUCCCGCCGAACUCCCCCACAGCAGCCCGGGGCCGGGGUCAUCGGAGCUGCGACCUGCUGACAGAUGUGAGUCCAGAUGCUGCAGGACCGGGCCUGGAGCCGCCCUCGCAGACGUCCUGCUCCAGCAUGUGUGCCGUGGGUCCGGGGCUGGACAGCGACUUCGGAGCCAGUGCAGGAGUGUCCCUGCGGAUCCUGUCGGCGGACAGCGACGGGCUGUCGGGCGGCGCGCCGGCCUCGGCCUCGGCCCUGGAGUGGGACUACUACGACCCCUGCUACGUCCGGCAGAACUACGUCCCCACACACCUGCAGCCCCGGCCGGCCCUGCACACCAAGCACUACUGGGUCUGA